UUGUUGUUAGAUGAUCGCGGCCAGCUCUCGCCACUUCGGUCAUCGAUCUGUACGAUUGUUUGUCUCAAAAGAACAGCAUCUCACUACCUGACGCAAUCCGAACCAGGUACAUGCAGCAUCAUCUUCGGUAGUGAAGGUUUUUUUUUUUCGAUCGUCUUUCUUUUAGUUUGUUUCACGGUGCAAGAAGAAUCGAAGUGAGCAAUUAGAUAGUGAACAGUUGCACUUGUUGGAACGUAGAGCAAGGUGAACCGAUUUCGUGUGAAUGUGUGAAGGAAAUUGAAUCCAGUUUUGUUGAACCGAACUGCCAUGGAUCGGUGAUUGUAGCGCAACGAAGGCUGGCUCAGUUCUCCGGUUUAAGUGAGACGUUGUGUGCUCAAGAGCAAUCCGAUCUAGAUCAGUUGGAGAGGUAUCGAGAUCAAGGAGUUCAAGCGAAAAGUGUUCAUUACAGCCGACUACGAGAUUGCAUUAAUUCAUAGAAAUCAUUGGAGAUAUCCGAAUCUAGUGAUCGCGUGUUAGAUUGAGAGGGCGGAAACCAUGGAAGUUGCCUGGCGGUUUAGAAUUAUUUUUGCAAUGGCUUUUGCUGUCAUCAUAUUCGGCGAUCUGCUCGGCUAUGGAGGGGCAAAGAAAGAUCCGAAAGAUAAGUCACUGCUAUCGGGGCUGUCGACCGGUUUCGGAAGUGCAAGUGCUCACAUGGAAGCCACAGCCAGAUCCAGUCGGGAGAAUGAGAUCGCCUCCACCGAAAGUGAAACCCCGCUAGCUCCACGGCCCUACCCUAGCAGUAGCAGCAGCAGCAGCAGAAGCAGUAGCAGUAGCGAAAGCGACAACACCAGCGGUGUAAGCAGCACACUGUCCGCCUCCGCCGCCAACAGCCAGACGGUAGACCUGGCCUCCCACAAGGAACAACUGAAGAAUUCCCUCCGGGAAGCGUGCCUUCCGAAGCUGCUCUGCGAGAUGGCUGCCAAACCCAACUACUCGCUGAAUGUACGCGAGAAGGACCUGCUCUCACUGAUACGGUCCACGACGUUAUCGCUGACGAUGGCAGUGAGCCCUACCAAGUGGCACUUUGCAGCGCACAUGGGUCAACUGUUGCGGGACGCCGGCGACAGUCUGGUUACCCCGAUGGGCUGCUCGCACCUGUGGCCAAGCUGUCCGUACAGUUCGAAAAAGUUGCUCAAACUCACCAACGUGGUCCAGCUGAAAUGAUUGCCCGAGUACCGCUGCGGGAUUUUUCAACUACGGAAGUGGUCGGGGGCAAGCGUUCACAUUGUCGUGAAGAAGUCCUCCCUCAGCACUCUAUUUACUCAUUUUCUAGUAGCCAACCACCAACCACCACCCGCCAGCCUGCCAAAUCCGAGCCAUACAUCACCGGCGAUGCUUCUAAAAUACGAACUGCAAAUAUUUGAAGCCACAGCUCGGGGGCCAAUGUUUGCACAGUCGUCAUCAUCGGUGUGCCGGUGGUGACAUUCCCAUAACCGCCGCCGCCGACGUCGUGGCUUUGUUUUAAGCUGUUUUAGGUAGAACUGUUCAAGCCGAGAUCACGCUGACUAAUUUUCUCGAUUCAAAAUUGAAGAACCUGGGUGAAUGAUUUUACAACAAUGUAAGAUGUGUGAUAACUGUGUAUGUGUGCAAUUGAAUGCCUGUAACUGCGUAUGAUAUUGUUUUAGCCUGUUGCAGCGUAUGCUAAUGUGAUUUUAUACACUAACUGUAUAUACUAGAAUUAAUUAUGUGGCAAUAAUUGUACUGUUAGGUGCAGAAAAAAAAAAUCCAAAAUGAAAUGAAUUAAUAAAGCAUUGUAAAUAAACACAAAUUAAACGUCGUUUGACAUCUAUAAAAAAUCUGUUAAUGCACCCGUCGUGAACCAUUCUCUGUGAAUUAUGUUAAUAUUUAAUGCAAUUUGAAUUUGCGGUUCGUAAUUGAGUGACAUAAACGAUUGCUUUGUUGAAUUAUGCUUGUAUUUAAAUGAGUGCUGUAAACAUUUGAAGAUAA